AUGUCGCAGACGUUUGGUCAGCGAUCAGAUUUUAUUGACUUUGAUGAUGGGUUUGAAGCAGAGGAACGUGAAAAUGAUGGUGAUUCAUUCGAAGAAAAUAUUCGCAAACAGUUGCUUGAAUUUAGGAGCGGUACCGAAAGAGAAAUUAUUCUCGAACCGUUAUCAAUUGAUAAAAGAAAAAUUGUGCAUUGUAUAGCCAUGAAUUGCAGUCUGAAGUCGCACAGUAUCGGAAGCGGUUGUAAUCGUCGCGUUGUGGUGACACGUUUUCCACAUGUUGAUUUGUGUACUUACACGAAUGCUAGAGAUUCGGAACCGAUUGUUUUGAGUAUAUUCCAAAAACGAGCACUAUCUCGUUUCUUGACCAUAUUUCCGUUAGGUUAUGGUGAUAUCGACUUAUACCUUCGAUCCGGCAACGCAACCAGGCAAGUUGGUGGUCGCUAUCAUUCAAGCUUCAAUAGACCGAUGUUAGUUCCACCUUGUACGUCAGUACGGCACUCAAUGGAGAAUUUCCGUAAAAGUUUGCCAACCUAUGCAAUGAGGGAAGAAAUCCUGAAAACUAUUCGUAAUCAUAAAGUAACAAUGAUCGUUGGUGGUACUGGUUGUGGUAAGACAACACAGGUAAUAGUUUCAUAA